UCGGCGUCUCCCGCAGCCCGGCGGGGUCCUCCGCGCCGCACGUGGGCGCGCCCGCCGCCGCCGCCUCCGCCGCCGAUACUCUCUUCACUGUAAGAAUGUAAGAUGGAUCCGGAAGAGCAGGAGCUGUUAAACGAUUACAGAUACAGAAAUUAUGCUUCGGGGAUUGAAAAGGCUCUGAGGAAUUUUGAGUCCUCGAGCGAAUGGGCCGAUCUCAUAUCUUCCCUUGGCAAGCUCAACAAGGCCCUGCAGAGUAACCUGAAGUAUUCCUUGCUGCCGCGUCGGCUCUUAAUCAGCAAGAGACUAGCCCAGUGCCUGCAUCCUGCUCUGCCCAGCGGUGUGCACUUAAAAGCCCUGGAAACCUACGAGAUUAUCUUUAAAAUUGUGGGGACCAGAUGGCUGGCCAAGGACUUGUUCCUUUACAGCUGUGGCCUGUUCCCACUCCUGGCGCAUGCGGCGAUGUCGGUGCGGCCCGUGCUGCUGGGCCUGUACGAGAGGUACUUCCUUCCGCUGCAGAAGCUGCUGCUGCCCAGUCUGCAGGCCUUCCUCGUGGGCCUGCUGCCCGGCCUGGAGGAGGGCUCCGAGAUCUAUGACAGGACCGACGCCCUGCUGCUGAAGCUGUCACUGGUCGUGGGCAGGGAGGUGUUCUACGCAGCCCUAUGGGGGAGCGUGCUGGCCAGCCCAGCUGUCCGCCUGCCUGCCUCGCUCUUCAUGGUGGGCCACAUCAGCAGGGACUUGCCUGGCAAGGAGCAGAAGUACAUGCUGGGCACGGACUUCCAGCUCACGGUGAAGUCUUUAUGUGCAUCGCUGCUGGACUCAAAUGUUCUCGUGCAGAGAAACAAUCUGGAGAUCGUCCUGUUUUUCUUCCCAUUCUAUACCUGUCUGGAUCCCAGCGAGAGAGCCGUCCCCCUGCUGCGGUCCGACGUGGUCCGCAUGCUCUCGGCCGCCACCCAGACCCUGCUGAGGAGGGACAUGUCUCUCAACAGGAGGCUCUACGCCUGGCUCCUCGGUUCAGACAUCAAAGGAAAAACCAUCGUGCCAGAAUCUGAAAUCUCGGACUCCUAUGAAGACCAGUCCUCUUAUUUUUUUGAAAAAUACUCCAAGGACCUGUUGGUCGAGAGUCUGGCCGAGACGCUGCACCAGAAGCUGGUGGACGCCAGCGUCGAGGAGCGCCACCACGCCUGCCUGCAGCCCUUCCGCAUCCUGCUCAGCCUGCUGGACAAGCCAGAGAUAGGGCCUCAGGUGGUUGAGAGCUUGUUUCUCGAAGUCAUCAGGGCUUUUUACUCGUACUGCAGAGACGCCCUGGGCUCCGACCUCCAGCUCAGCUACACUCAGAGUGGAAAUUCGCUGAUCAGCACAAUCAAGGAAAACAAAAACGCGUCUGAGAUUGUGAAGACGGUGAAUCUGCUGAUCACCUCCCUAAGCACAGACUUUCUCUGGGAUUACAUGACCCGGUGCUUCGAGGACUGCUUCAGGCCAGAGAAGCAGAGGGACCCUGCCUGGAGGAGCGCCGGCCCGCCCCCCACGGUCUCCGAGCUCUGCAGCCUCCUCGUGUUCCUGUUGGACGUGAUUCCCUUGGAACUUUACUCUGAGGUGCAAACCCAGUACCUCCCGCAGGUGCUUGGCUGCCUGGUGCGGCCUCUCGCCGAGGAGACGGGGGCCUUGAGCUUACCUGAACUCACGCACGCCUUGAAGACGUGCUUCAAGGUGCUCAGCAAGGUGCAGAUGCCGCCUUCCUACCUGGACGCGGAGUUCACCAGCGGCAGCUCGAGUCCAGUAAAAGGCGAAAACGAAGUAAUUUUAGAAACAAAGGCAGUGAUUGCCAGGGAUGAAGAUGCGUCGUUCCCCCCACUGAAAUCUGAGGACAGCGGGAUCGGGCUCAGCGCCUCGUCGCCGGAGCUGUCCGAGCACCUGAGGGUCCCUCAGGUGUCUCCCGACCGAGACGACGUCUGGAAGAAGGGCGGGAGCAUGCAGAAGACGAUUCUCUGCAUCCAGGAGCUGAUCGCCAACUUUGCCAGCAAGAACAUCUUUGGAGUGCAGCUGACAGCGUCCGGGGAGGAAAGCCGGCCCGAGGAGCCAGCGGGGAAGCGGGAGAAGGGUGGGACCCCGCGCCCGGCGGCCGGCAACCCCGGCAGGAAGAACUCCUGGGAGGCCAAGCCCAUCACCGUGCCCCAGUUCAAGCAGAUGCUCUCGGACCUGUUCACAGUGCGGGGGUCUCCGUUCAAGACGAGGAGUUCCGAGUCGCCCCCAACUCUGCCCAGCAGCCCGAGCAGGAAGAAGGAGGGAGACUGGGACGUGGAGCAGGCGGUGAUUGAGCUGGGCGGCUCCAGGGAGGAGUGCAGGGAGGCCUUUGCGGCUGCCUGCCACCUGCUGCUCGACUGUGCCACCUUCCCUGUCUACCUGUCCCAGGAGGAGAUGGAGCAGCUCUACGAGACGCUCUUCCAGCUCCCAGGAGCCGGCGACCCCAGUUUCCCAGCCUGGCUCAAGUCCCUCAUGACGAUUGCCUGCUGUGUGAACGACUGCUGCCUCCAGAACGUGGCCAUCUCCACGCUGCUGGAAGUGAUCAACCACUCGCAGUCCCUCGCGCUCGUCAUUGAAGACAAGAUGAAGCGCUCCCGGAGCUCCGGACACAACCCAUUUUUUGGCAAGCUGCAGAUGGUGACCGUGCCUCCCAUCGCGCCAGGGAUACUGAAAGUUAUUGCAGAAAAAACGGACUUCUAUCAGAGGGUGGCUCGCGUGCUCUGGAAUCAGCUGAACAAGGAGACCCAGGAGCACCACAUCACCUGUGUGGAGCUGUUCUACCGGCUGCACUGCCUGGCCCCCACCGCCAACAUCUGCGAGGACAUCAUCUGCCACGCCCUCCUGGACCCCGACAAGGGGACGCGCCUGGAAGCCCUGUUUAGAUUUUCCGUCAUCUGGCACCUGACACGCGAGAUCCAGGGCAGCCGAGUGACGUCUCACAAUCGCUCCUUCGAUAGGUCCUUGUUCGUGGUGCUGGACAGCCUGGCCUGCACGGACGGUGCCAUCAGCGCGGCAGCCCAGGGCUGGCUGGUGCGCGCCCUUUCCCUCGGGGACGUGGCGCGCAUCCUCGAACCCGUGCUCCUGCUCCUGCUCCAGCCCAAAACGCAGCGAACGUCCAUCCAGUGCCUCAAGCAGGAGAACUCGGCUGAGGACUUGCAUCGCUGGUUCAACAGGAAGAAACCCCCCUGCAAGCAGGCGUGUGGCGCUCCUGAGCUUCCGGAAGGCAGCUCGGAGGAACACCUGCCCCUGAGCCAGUUCACCACGGUCGACCGCGAGGCCAUCUGGGCCGAAGUGGAGAAGGAACCAGAGCAGGGCCCGCCACGGAGUGAAGUGAGCGAGGAGGACCUGCCCUACUACGUGGACCUCCCUGACGAGACAGCCCACGGUGCUGGGGACAGCAGCGAGCACACCGAGUCCGCGGACACCAGCUCCGGCCACACGGACAGCGAGAACACAUCCUCCUUCUCCUCCCCCUCCCACGAGCCGCAGGAGCUGAGCCCGGACGAGAACUGCUGUGUGGCCCUCCCCAUGGCAGGCAGGGUGUACCCCAAGCGCCCGUCCUUGCUGGCGGCCUUCCACUCAGAAAGCUUCAAGGCCGGCGCCGGGCUGAGCCUGACCCGGGCGGACUCGGACAAGACCCAGGCUUCGGAGUCGCUGUCGAGCGACGAGGAGGCCGACGUGGAGCUGCAGGCCCUCACCACGUCCCGGCUGCUGAAGCAGCAGCGGGAGAGGCAGGAGCGGCUGGAGGCCUUGUUCAAGCACAUCCUGCUCUACCUGCAGCCCUACGACUCGCGCCGGGUCCUGUACGCCUUCUCCGUGCUGGAGGCCGUGCUCAAAACCAACCCGAAGGAGUUCACCGAGGCCGUGUCCAGCACCAGCAUGGACACCAGCUCCACUGCGCACCUCAAUCUCAUCUCCAACCUCCUGGCUCGCCACCAGGAGGCCCUCAUCGGCCAGAGCUUCUAUGGAAAGCUCCAGAGCCAGCCCCCCAACGUGUGCCCCCACUCCCUGCUCAUUGAGCUCCUCACCUACCUCUGCCUGAGCUUCCUGCGCGCCUACUACCCGUGCUACUUGAAGGUCUCCCACCGGGACAUCCUGGGCAACCGAGACGUGCAGGUCAAGAGCGUGGAGGUGCUGAUCCGCAUCAUGACCCAGCUGGUCUCCGUGGCCAAGUCCGCGGAGGGGAAGAACGUGGAGUUCAUCCACAGCCUGCUGCAGAGGUGCAAGGUCCAGGAGUUUGUGCUGCUCUCGCUGUCGGCGUCCAUGUACACAAGCCAGAAGCGCUACGGCCUGGCCACCGCCGACCGGGGCAGGGCCCUGCUGGAGGACAGCGUCUUCGAGGAGAGCCUCAUCAACCUGGGUCAGGACCAGAUCUGGAGCGAGCACCCUCUGCAGAUCGAGCUGCUGAAGCUCCUACAGGUGCUGAUCGUCUUGGAACACCACUUGGGUCAGGUGCAAGAGGAGGCCGAAAACCAGCCGGCGCUGGCCCGGGAGUGGCAGAGGACCCUCAACUUCCAGCAGGCCAUCAGCGCCGUGCAGUACGUGCAGCCGCACCCCCUCACCUCGCAGGGCCUGCUGGUGUCUGCGGUAGUGAGGGGCCUGCAGCCCGCCUACGGCUACGGCAUGCACCCGGCCUGGGUGAGCUUGGUCACGCACUCCUUGCCGUACUUUGGAAAGUCCCUGGGCUGGACGGUGACUCCCUUUGUUGUCCAGAUUUGCAAAAACUUGGACGAGCUGGUCAAGCAGUACGAGAGCGAGUCUGUGAAGCUGUCCGUCAGCACAACCUCCAAGAGGGAGAACAUUUCUCCAGAUUAUCCACUCACUCUUCUGGAAGGCCUGACAACCAUUAGCCACUUUUGUCUUCUGGAACAACCCAACCAAAACAAAAAGGCCAUGGCUAUCGGUGACCCCACCAACUUGAGAAAUGCCAGGAACGCCAUCUUGGAAGAGCUACCCCGGGUGGUUAACACCAUGGCCCUGCUCUGGACCGUUCUCAGGAAAGAGGAGGCUCAGAAGAGACCUGUCGACAUCCUGGGGGGCGCGAAGGGCUCCUCCUCCGUCUACUUUAAAACCACCAAAACCAUAAGACAAAAAAUUCUGGACUUCUUAAACCCCCUGACGGCCCACCUCGGGGUGCAGCUGAUGGCUGCGGUUGCCACAGUGUGGAGCAGAAAGAAAGCCCCGCGACACAGUAAGAUCAUCCCGGUGGCCAGUGCCUCGCAGCUGACGCUCGUGGACCUGAUCCGCGCACUCAGCACUCUGCAGACGGACACGCUGCUGCACCUGGUGAAGGAGGUGGUGAAGAGGCCGCCGCAGAGCAAAGGGGACGAGAAGUCAGCGCUGGCGGACAUCGCCGUGUUGCAGUUCUGCUACGCUCUCAUCCAAAGGCUGCCCACACCAGCCCUGCAGGAGAGCUUCGGCUCGCUGCUGGCCGUGCUGAAGGAGUCGGUGCAGCUGAAUCUGGCGCCACCCGGAUGCUUUCUGCUCCUCAGCAUGCUGAACGACUUCGUCACCAGGACCCCCAACCUGGACAGCAAGAAGGACCAAAAGGACCUGCAGGAGAUCACCCAGAAAGUCCUAGAGGCCGUGGGGACCAUCGCGGGCUCUUCCUUGGAGCAAACCAGCUGGCUGAGCAGGAGCCUGGAGGUCAAGGCCCAGCCUCAGGUGGCGCUGGAGGAGUCUGACACGGAGGAAGAUCUGUACGCAGGUGCCGCUGCAGCCUCCGCCAUGGUGUCUGCGUCCGCCCCGUCGGUGUACAGCGUGCAGGCCCUGUCCCUCCUGGCAGAGGUUCUGGCCUCUCUCCUGGACAUGGUUUACAGGAGUGACGAGAAGGAGAAGGCCGUGCCGCUCAUCUCCCGCCUGCUGUACUACGUGUUCCCUUACUUGCGCAACCACAGCACCUACAACGCCCCCAGCUUCCGGGCCAGCGCGCAGCUGCUGAGCUCCCUGAGCGGCUACGCCUACACGAAGCGAGCGUGGAAGAAGGAGGUCCUGGACCUGUUCUUGGACCCCGCUUUCUUUCAGAUGGAUACGUCUUGCAUUCAUUGGAAGUCCAUUAUUGACCAUCUCCUGACUCAUGAGAAAACAGUGUUUAAGGAUUUAAUGAACAUGCAGAGCAGUUCUCUGAAACUGUUCUCGAGUCUGGAGCAGAAGGCCAUGCUGCUCAAGCGCCAGGCGUUUGCUGUCUUCAGUGGAGAGCUGGACCAGUACCACCUUUACCUGCCCCUGAUCCAAGAACGCCUGACAGACAAUCUCAGAGUGGGACAGACGUCCACAGCUGCUGCUCAGAUGUUUCUUUUUUUCAGAGUUUUGCUGCUAAGAAUAUCUCCUCAGCAUUUGACUUCACUGUGGCCAAUCAUGGUCUCUGAGCUGAUUCAGACAUUCAUACAGCUCGAAGACAACCUGAAGGAGGAUGAGUCCUCACGAAACAGCAACAAAGUAAACAGAGUAAAAGCGUCAGCCACCGAUGGCAACGGGCCGGCCGCGGGGGAGGUGCCCCCGAGUGAACUGCUCUUGUAUUUAUCAGCCUGCAAGUUCCUGGACACCGCGCUUUCCUUCCCGCCCGACAAGAUGCCGUUAUUUCAAAUUUACAGGUGGGCAUUUGUCCCAGAAGUGGACACAGAGAGCUCCGCCUUCCUGUCAGAACUGGAAGAGAGUCAGCAGGAGUGCAAACCGCACACUGUCCGGAUUCUAGAACUUCUCAGAUUGAAAUAUGGGGAAACGGGCGGUGCCGAGGCCAUGGCCAAGGGCGAGCUCCCCCUGCUGCGCCAGCACUCGGUCUCCAGCAUCAGGGAGCUGACGCCCUUCUUCACCACGCUCAGCUCGGCCUUUAAGACCCAAAGUCAGCUGCCUGCCGAUGCCCCAGGGGCCCCGGCCUUGGAGUUCCCAGUCACGGACAGCCCGAGGCUCCUACAGCAGCUGGAAGAAUGUGUGGAGUGCGAUUUCUUGGAAUAUCCGGAAUGUUGACAUUAGAAGGGCGCCAACCAGGACACGUCCUAAAGGAGAAAAGACUUUCCAUCAAGUCCACUCCACGGCUGCAAGUUCCUUCCAGUCCCUUUCUGUUCAGCCACAAAACACGCACACCCCGGAAUGCCUUGUAAUAUAUUUGGGUCUGAUUCUGUGUGUCCUCCUCAAUGUAUGUAAUGGAAAUAAAAUUAAUAUAUCACCCAGCAGUGGCACAAAAGCUGUGACGUGAGGCAGAGCACGAGACACAGGAGCCACUCCCUUUGCUGAAGCAGAGAUGGGACCUUUCUCAGGAGAUUUCUCGCACAGUGUAAGCUUAUUAAAGAUAAUUAUUUUUCACCUU